AUGACAACAGCUACAUCAUCUAGAGGCCCAGGUUUCGCUUUAACAGAAGAGCAACGUAAUAUUCAAGAGCUGGCUCAUAACUUUACAAAAGAAGAAAUUAUCCCAAAAGCAGCCCACCAUGACCAAACAGGCGAAUAUCCAGUAGAGAUAAUAAAAAAGGCUUGGGAGCUUGGGCUUGUUAAUACACACAUUCCUCAAGAGUUUGGUGGGCUAGGUUUAGGUGUCUUUGACUCGAAUUUGAUAACUGAAGAGUUGGCAUGGGGCUGUACCGGUAUACAAACAGCCAUUGAAGCGAACCAACUGGCUGAAGCACCGCUUGUUGUAGCGGGAAAUCAAACACAAAAUAAAAAAUAUCUUGGUCGAAUGACUGAAGAACCUUUAAUGGCGGCAUACUGCGUCACGGAACCAGGUGCUGGCUCUGACGUUGCAGGAAUCCAAACUAAAGCCGAGAAACAGGGUGAUAAAUGGAUAAUUAAUGGACAAAAAAUGUGGAUUACUAAUGGUGGAAAGGCAAAUUGGUAUUUCGUGUUAGCCAAAACAGAUCCAACAGCAAAGCCUGGUUCUGCAUUCACCGGAUUUAUUGUAGAUGCCGAUACACCUGGAGUUACUCCCGGUAGAAAAGAAAUUAACCUUGGACAACGAGCUAGUGAUACGCGAGGAAUUUCAUUCGAGAAUGUUGUUGUACCAGAGGAAAAUGUACUUGGUUCUCCUGGUAAAGGUUUUCAAAUUGCAAUGGGAGCCUUUGACAUUACUCGUCCACUCGUAGCCGCCGGCGCGGUUGGUCUGGCUCGUCGUGCUUUAGAGGAGGCAACAAAUUAUUCAUUAGAACGAAAAACAAUGGGCAAAUUAAUAUCUCAACACCAAGCCGUGGCAUUUAUGUUGGCUGAUGGUGCCAUUGGCUUAGAAGCAGCGCGAAAUGUGGUUUGGAAGGCUUGUUGGCUUCGCGAUCAAAACGAAAGAAACACGUAUUACGCUUCUAUAGCCAAAGCGCUUGCAUCUGAUGUUGCAGUCAACAAUGCAAGUAUGGCAGUUCAAGUUUUUGGUGGAAAUGGAUUUAAUACGG